AUGGUGCAUAUUAGCGCAAUGGUUGACAAAGUAAUUUUAGCUUAUUCGGGAGGUCUUGAUACUAGCUGUAUACUUAAAUGGCUUUUAGAAAAAGGCUAUGAGGUUAUUUGUGUUAUGGCAGAUGUGGGCCAAAAUGAAGACUUUACUGUGGCACGUCAAAAGGCAAUAAAUAUUGGAGCUACUGAAGUAAUUAUAAAAGAUGUUAAAGAAGAUUUUGUUCAAAAUUAUAUUUGGCCCUCAAUUCAAAUGGGUUUAAUAUAUGAAGAGCGCUAUUUACUUGGUACAUCUCUAGCACGUCCAUGUAUAACCGUUGCUUUAAUCGAAGUAGCAAAAAAAUAUGAUGCAAAAUAUUUAGCUCACGGAGCUACAGGUAAAGGCAAUGAUCAAGUACGUUUUGAACUUUGCGCUUAUGCACUCCACCCAAAGAUAAAGAUAAUUGCACCUUGGCGAGAUGAGGAGUUCUGUGAACGUUUUCAGGGUAGACUUGAUUUAAUAGAAUAUGCUAAACACCAUAAUAUACCUGUAAGUGCAAAACCUACAGCACCUUGGAGCACUGAUGCAAAUAUAAUGCAUAUUAGCUAUGAAUCUGGUAUAUUAGAAGAUCCAUUUCAAUUAGCACCGGAAUCAUUGUAUGAAAUGACUGUUAAUCCACUUACAAAUGCUCCAAAAAUAAGUACACGUAUUGUUAUACAUUUCGAUCAUGGGUUACCAAAAAUAGUUAAGAACCUGGUAAAUGAUGAAGAAUUCCAUACACCUUUGACAAUAUUAAUAUUUCUUAAUGAAAUUGGUGGGUCUUAUGGUAUUGGACGUAUUGAUAUUGUUGAAAAUCGGUUUGUUGGCUUAAAAUCGAGAGGUGUUUAUGAAACUCCUGGGGGUACGAUAUUAUUCACAGCACAUCAAGACCUUGAAGUGUUUUGUCUUGAUCGAGAAGUUCUACGUACGAAGCAUUUAUUACGAGAUCGUAUGGCAGAUUAUGUUUAUAAUGGUUUUUGGUUUAGUCCAGAAGCUGAUUAUGUCCGUGGCUGUUUGGAAUUGUCACAACAAAAAGUUAGUGGUCAAGUUAUAGUUGAACUAGCACCUGGUUAUUGUCGUGCAGUGGCACGUGCUGAGACUAAAAGCCUCGGGUCACUUUACAAUAAAGAAUUAGUAUCAAUGGAUGUACAUGGUGGCUAUGUACCAAAAGAUGCAAGCGGUUUCAUUGCUAUCAAUUCAGUGCGCAUACGGGAACAUGUUCGUGCCUAUGGUUCCUAUAAAUAUCAAAAAGAGUUUUAAAUGUAAUUUUUAUAUUACACUAGCUAUUUUUCUAAAUUCAAUAAA